UGCGGAACGCUCAUCUGAAUUACGCAAUAUCCGCGAGCGGUGCAGUCUGGGUUCUGCUGCACAACACAGGGCUGGCGCAACUGGCUAGCUAGCUGACCACUUGAAAUGGACGUGUUCUUAAUGAUCCGGCGUCAAAAGACCACAAUCUUCACCGAUGCCAAGGAGUCCACCACUGUGUAUGAGCUGAAGCGUAUUGUUGAAGGAAUUCUUAAGAGACCACCAGAGGACCAGAGGCUGUACAAAGAUGAUCAGUCGCUAGAGGACAGUAAAACUCUUGGUGACUGUGGAUUCACCAACCAGACUGCCAGACCUCAAGCCCCAGCUACAGUUGGUCUGGCCUUCCGCAUAAAUGAUGAGAUGUUCGAGCAGCUGCACGUCGAGGCCUUCUCCAGUCCCCCAGAACUCCCCGAUGUGAUGAAGCCCCAGGACUCCGGUAGCACGGCCAACGAACAGGCGGUGCAGUGAUGUCAUUGAGAGGAAGCGAGCAAUGGAGGGGAGGAUGGAAGUGGGUGUGUGUGGAUUAACAGCAGUGGAGAAGUAGCGGGGUGGAGGAUAUGUAAUAUAAUUUCAGUUGAUGGAUGGGGACAUCAUAGGGAACCAAACCUAUACAUGUUACCUUCAUGCUAUCAUCCCAGCUUACCCCCCAAUUUGCUUCACAAAUCUUUUUCUUUUUUUGUUAAACUUUAUGAUUUCCACAUCACAUGCGGUUCUGCUCCUUGACUUUGCUCUUAAGCCCCAACUGGCUUAGACGUCUUGAGUGGUGAAGUUGGUUUGGAAAGUAUGAUUGUGUGUGCGCGCGUACGUUAUUAUUAUUAAUAUUUUGGGAAAGGUUGAAAGCGUAGUUGUGUGUCACAGUGAUCUAGAAGUAACAUGCAUAGAUAAAGAGUCCGGUGUCUGAAUCGGCAAACUGCAUGAAUACAAUUCAAAACAAAGGCUUUAUUUUCAAAGAAACGGAUAAAUCUUCAACUGAUAAGUUUCCUUGGUCUGAGUCUCCCAGUUUUGUUGUACAUUUCUGAUUUGAUUUCAUACCAGGAAAGAAGUCUUUAAAAUAAUGUUUGGUUUUUUGCUGUCAUUUAUUUUCAGGAUGUUUGUCAGUUCUUUGUAUGUUUCAUGCACUGAAACCAAAGGCAGGUACCUCUUGGACAACAGAGGGAUUUUUUGGUCAAAGGACAUUCUGUCUCUGGCAUACAGUAAACAGGAGUUUUCUGGGGUUAAACAUUUAGUUUUGAAAAUGCAUCCAUCACCACAUGUCACCAACCAUCAAUGUGGCACUUUCCCCUAAUCACACAAACAUAGCCUGUAACUGUGAGCUUGCAUAAUUAAAAGUGUACCUGUUUUGUUUUUUACACUGA